GUUCAACGCCGUAUUGGCUCACCAACAUACUCGUUGGCCCAAUCCUUCAUCCUGCGCGGAUCGGUUGCAAAAUCAAGGCAAUUCUCGUAUCCAACUUCCUUGGUCUUAGGCCUUCAAACCCAAGUGAUACAUCUGGAAGUGCUUGCAGGAUUGCGGUCAGCAUGGAAUUUCCAUAUAUGCGAGCAUUUGUUGCUCUUUUUAUCUACCGCUACUUUCGUCUGGUGGUAAAUUUGGUUUCUUUCUGGACUUUUAAGCCCAUUCCUCUUCCCGAGAACCCGGAACUCACUGCCCAAGAUGUCACGGUGAUACUUCCUACGCUGGAAGGGUGCGGCGACGAACUUGUGGAGACGAUAAGAACGAUCCUCGAUAAUCAUCCGUUUGAACUAUUGUUGGUCACUAUCGAGGCGAAUAGAAAGAAGGCCGAACACAUGCUGAGCUUGAUGCCUGCUUCGAAGUCCAAAAUUCGUCUGUUCACAGUGACGCAUCCGAACAAACGCCGCCAGAUGACACGAGCAAUCCCAGAGGUACGCACGGCAAUCACCGUCUUCGCAGAUGACGAUGUGAGUUGGCCACACACAGUACUUCCUUGGAUUUUGGCGCCUUUCGAAAGGGAUGAGCGGUUCGGUGGUGUGGUCACCUGCCAACGGCUGCGACGUGCUAUUGCACCCACCAUGUCCCAGCGCAUCUGGGGAUAUCUUGGGGCCUUGUAUCUCGAACGACGAAACUUUGAUUGCGCAGCCACCACCCACAUAGAUGGAGGGUUGCCCUGCAUGUCCGGACGUACAGUCGCGUAUCGGACCAAGAUCCUCCAAGAUGAAGGAUUUACUUACGCUUUCACAAACGAGGAAUGGUGGUUUGGCAAAUAUCAAUUGAACGCAGACGACGACAACUUCAUCACUCGCUGGAUGGUCUCUCAUGGCUGGGAGACUUACAUGCAGUACCACCCUGAGGCCGAGGUCCUGACCACUCUGGAGAAUAACCCGAAGUUCCUGAAACAAUGCGCACGCUGGUCUCGAAGCAAUUGGCGGAGCAACCUUACAAGCAUGUUCCAUGAAAAACACGUUUGGUAGUAAGUUUACCUUGUCAUCUUAUCUUCGUUCGAACUUUCCCUCAGGGUACCCUUGU